GGUUGAAGUGAAAAAUCUACCUUGAUUCCAGCAUUUUAGGGUUUCGACAGCAGAGGUUGGUAAAGUUAAAUAACCACUGCUUCUUAUACUGUCCUGUGGUUUGGUUUGGCCUCACUUUUAGACCUAUAGUUUUUCUGUCGUGGCAACGCAGUGUAUUAACAGAACAUGACGUUUUAAAUAGUUUUUUAAAUGUUUUCAUACCAAGACUACAAAGAGGCACUGUUAAAUCGCAAUCUGAGUUAAAGCCCUUGUGGCCUUUUUACUAUCAGCACCUCACUGAGCUCCUUUGUCCUUUGUCAACACAAACAGAACCACUAUCAUUGCACAUGACUUACCAGGCCUCCCAGCAGUGUUUCAUCCCCACUCAUAUUCUAACAUAACGAUCACAAGAACUUGAAGAGGAACAAAAACUCUUAAGGUCAAAAUUGUUCUAAAAAAGUGAAAAUAUCAUUUGGCAACAGGAUUCAGCAAGCCAUUAAAACAACAUAACAGGAAUGAAACUGCUAAUUCAUGGCAUAAACUAUAGUUAGGAAAUUGGUCAGCAGAGAUUAACUUUUGAUUGUUGAUAUUAAUCUGGACUUUGGCUAGUGCUUCCUUACAUAACACAGUAUGGGACCAGGUCAUGUAAAACCUUGAAUGAGACAACCCUAAAAAACUGAUUUGAAGUAACUGUGCACUGAUCAGCCACAACAUUAAAACCACUGAUGAAUGAAGUGAAUAACACUGAUCAUCUCAUUAAUACAAUGUUCUGCUGGUAGAAGUUGGGUCCUGGCAGUUAUCUAUCUUAGCAUGUACCACCCACCUAAUCAUUGUUGCAGACAAGUGCUAGUGAGUGAUUUUAGCUGAAUUGUUUUCAUCUCUUUUGUGUGCUAAUUGAACAAAUAUUGGUAUUAUACCAUCUAGCUUGUGUGUUUGUCUUCAUUGCACAUUGAGGUAGCUGCGUAGGAGUUCUUGUGAGCCAAUCACCGAAUGUUUCAACAGUCAAUUGUACAAAUAGUUCAGAUGUACAAAUGUUGCAGAACAGCCUUUUGCCCAACCUAUAACUGCAGAGCCACCUCUUUAACUGCAGCUGUGCCUCAGCAGUCUUAUUCUGUUGAGUGUCAGCGAAACCAAUAAGAUGGAAACCCAUUUGAUUUUGAUGGGUCUGCUCUCUAUCUGCAGCCUCUCCUUUUGUCAAGAAUGCAGUCGAGAAUUUCUGGAGAACGUGGAUUUCCCCGGAACAGACAUAACAUCUGUCUACUCUCCCGAUGUGGAGCACUGUCAGCUGCUGUGCACCCAGCACCCCUCCUGUCUCUUCUUUACCUUUGUUCGAGCUGACUGGACUGUUGAUAACAGGCACUUCUACUGCUACCUUAAGUCCACUCCUUCUGGAAAGCCCAAAGUCCAGAAUCCACUACAGGGUGUCACCUCUGGUUACUCUCUCAAACCCUGCAACCCAGACCCAAGCUCUUGUCUGUCUCAGGUGUACCAGAAUGUGGACUUCUUCGGGGCAGACUACAGAGUUUUGUUCACAUCCGACCAUGAAGAGUGUCAGAGGGUCUGCACGCAGGACCCUCAGUGUCAGUUCUUUACUUUUGUAAAUGACAUCUUCACGUCAGAGAAUAUAAGAUAUAAAUGUCACCUUAAAUACAGCUGGUCAGUACCGAGGACUCCUAUUGUAGAGAGAAAGGAUGGUGUAGUUUCUGGAUUCUCCCACAAAAUACAACUAACUCCAUUCUUUAAGCCAGCAUGUCAGAACAAGCUUUUUCCAAACACUGACAUCCCAGGAAACAACCUGGAGACGCUGCCCGCUGCCUCUCCUGAACACUGUCAGACCCUGUGCUCUGCUCAUCCACGCUGUACCUACUUCUCCUACGACAGUAACUUCAACUGUGACAUGAAGAGCAAUGGAAAUGAAAUGGUGACCAGAGCCAAACAGGGAGUCACAUCUGGCAUUCCAGUGCACUUCUGUCAGCUGGAUAACAACUGGCUUAAACUGGCUCACGAAGGAGUGGAUUUCCGAGGCUCUGACAUUCGCUUUGAGCUGAUGGAUGAUCCAGACACGUGUCAGAAGACGUGUACUGUCGAUCCUAACUGCCAGUUCUACACCUAUGUCAAUGAAACCUUCUUUGACAGUGAUUACCGGCGCCGCUGCUAUCUCAAGCGUGUCAUCACGAUGCCUGCUCCUCCCAAAGUUACCAAACUGAACAAUGUUGUGUCUGGCUUCUCCCUGAGGGACUGCAACUAGUGGACUCUACCCACACACACACAAACACACACACACACACACACACACACACACACACACACACACAGAUAAACACACAAAUGAUCUAAUAAAAGAUUCAGUAGUAAGCAAUCUGUGUGGAUCAGAGCAGUCAUCAGGCAUCAGAUCUAAUCAUAAGAUACAGUAAAUUCAAAGGCGAUUGGUGCAAAGGCGAUUGCCUGUAUUCUGAAGCUUUCCAUUUGCUGAAAUGUAUCAAAUUAAAAGGAAAUGACAUUCAAACAAUUAAAUGACAGAUUAUUAUUAUUA